UGCUUAUGACUGUGUGAUACCACCCAUGGAAAAGGCUGUAGUGAAAACAGACAUUCAAAUUGCCCUUCCUUCUGGGUGCUAUGGUCGAGUAGCACCGCGUUCUGGUUUAGCUGCAAAGCACUUCAUAGAUGUUGGUGCUGGUGUCAUUGAUGAGGACUACAGGGGAAAUGUUGGUGUGGUACUCUUCAACUUUGGCAAGGAGGCUUUUGAAGUUAAAAAGGGGGAUAGGAUUGCCCAGCUCAUCUGUGAACGCAUUUGCUAUCCUGAGCUAGAAGAAGUUCAGGCUCUAGAUGAUACAGAACGUGGCGAAGGUGGCUUUGGUUCUACUGGAAAGAACUGA